AUUAUGCUUGACACAUUCCUACAUACGAUCUACAUGUUAAAGAGAACCGCUCGGAUAUACUAUAUACUAUAUACACCAUAUAUAUGUUAUACGGUCAGAAGACUUACUGCAACGAAACAUAUCAUUGAAGUUACUGCUGCAAGCCUAUGAAUAUUAUAGAGGAUUUUAUUGUUAGAGCUCGUUAUUUUUGGGAGAUCGAUCUAGACAUAUUCGAUAUUAUGGAUUGGCUGAUAAGGGGGCACGGUGCCCAGUCUGAUUGUAAAAAGAUUGUUAGUUUUACAGCGAUGACGAACGGAAGAAUGCAAUUUACAUAUCUAUAUAUAUAUUUCUGUAUAUGAACGUAUGUGUAUAAUAAAGUUUAUUGUUUUAAUGUGUUUGAACCUGCAAAUCCCAAAGAGAUCGUUUUAGUUUUUUAGAUUAAAUAUUACAGUAAAUCAAGAAACUAAGCUAACUUCGGUAAAAGCCAUGUACAUAUAUACAGAGCAUUACGAAAAAUUAUGAAAAUGAGAGCAUGAUUGAUCUACAAGAAUUCAACCAAACCGGGAGCUGUAGGACUCGUUCCGACUGAUAUAUAACCUACAAUAGAACAAAGACUUGGUAAGGUUUUUUGGGUUCGAGAACGUCUCCAUCAGUGCGUUGCAACUUUCUGACUGAUAACAUUAUACCCUUUGCAAGGGUAUAGUUGAUCAACUUUAGGAUCUAAAGUAUAUCCUUAGAUCACACUGGCCAUGCUGUAAACUUCCGGCUCGGCCAGUCAAUUCUCAACCUUUGACAAACCAGCUUAGUUGAUUUUCGGCUAGGCCUUUCAACACCUUGGUGGCAGUGGAAGAACGAAGGACGAUCUCCAUCAAAAUGGCCGACGAACAGCAUCCGCCCAACAAGGAGCCGGGCCAGGAUGACGCCCAGGAGAGGAACGCUGCCACGCGAUUCGGGUUGGAGGACCACGAGGCCACUCAGCAGGAUGCCCGGGUGACCACACUGCGACAUGCCGAGGAGCGACGUGGCUCCAUGGCGCCGCCCCACGACAAGCGCUCGAUGUCCGUUAGGGUAUCGCAAACGCGGUUGCCGGCCGAAAAUGACCCAAAUCGAACCAAUGCUCCCGUUGGUCCCAAGCCCGCUCCGGCUCCGGCCAAGCCUUUGGAUGACAUUUCCUCCCGUAACUCCUUGGUGCAAGGUGCCGCUGUGGCUCCAGAUCUUCCACCAAAACCACAGCGCAGCUCUGACGCCGACGCCGACGGCGAGUCCUCCGAAGUGGAUAAGAAACCGGCAGCAAGAAAGUCGGAGAAAAGGGUAUCAUCAUCAUCAUCCUCAUCGGAGGAGCAGUUGAAGAAGGACGAAGCGAAACCCGCGCCACCUGCUGAAGAACCAGCACCACCACCACCUCCACCACAACCUCAACCGCAGCGGAAAUCCAUAGAUUUCGCGGAGACAGAAGCGGCACCCAUUCCCCCGCCGGCGCAGAGGCAGGAGGAUGUGCCCAUGCCGCCGCCUAUGAUGUCGUCCUUGCCGACAGAUGAUAGCAAGGAAGAUGUGCAGAGCUUGAACAGCAAGCUGACCAACACGGACAUCACCUUCCAUCCAUCGAAGGUGUUCGCCUCCAAGGGAACCAACACAUCCGGCAUGAUCUACUCGGAUGACGAGGAGGAGCAGGUGGAGGAGGAUCUUCCCAAGGUGCCGGCCGAGUUCCCCGACAGUGAUCUGGACACUCUGUUCCUGCUGGCCUGUCGCGAGGUGAAGAAGGCUGGCACCAUUGCCCUGGCGGAGAACGAAAAGCAGCAGGAGUACACCACCAAGAAGCACACCAACGACCUGGUCACUCCCACUGACAACAUAGUCGAGGAGACCUUCAUCAAGGCCAUCAGUACGCGCUAUCCCGACCACAAUUUCAUUGCCGAAGAGCGAACUUCAAAGUCGGAGACCGGAAUGGUGACCCUGACAGAUGACCCAACCUGGAUAAUCGACCCCAUUGAUGGCACCAUGAACUAUGUCCACCACUUUCCGUACUACUGCAUAUCGGUGGCCUAUUUGGUGAACCAGGAGACUCAGUUUGGUAUCAUCUACAAUCCGCCGAUGAAGAACAUGUAUACAGCUCAGAAGGGAAAGGGGGCUCAACUGAAUGGCGAGAUGAUCAGGACGACUGGACAGACCAAUCUCUCCUCGGCCAUGGUCCUGCAGGAGUACAGUUCGGGAGGCAAUGAGACGCGCAACCAGGUGGCCCAUGAGAACGCCCACCGGCUGUUGAAGAGGGCCCACGCGAUGCGUUCCAUUGGAUCUUCCGCCAUGGGUUUGGCCAUGGUGGCAUCUGGAGUGGCGGAUGCCUAUUACAACUUCGGUUUACACGUUUGGGACAUGGCCGCUGGAGCUAUUAUAGUCACCGAGGCGGGCGGAGUGGCGAUGGAUCCGGCUGGAGUGGAACUGGACAUCAUGUCCCGAAGAUGCCUGGCCGCCUCCACCGAGCACCUUGCCUUGGAGUUGGGCAGCAACCUGGAGCAGAACUAUCCCUCGCCACGCGACGACGAACCGCGAUCCGUGAAUCCCAAUGAAUACGGACCCGCUGCGGAGACCAGGGACUUCACCGGCCAGACGGAUUUCCCCGAUUCAGAGACCCCGGACACCACGGACACCGAACAGUCCAACGAGAAGCCAGCGGCGACUGCCAACUGACCACCAGGAAGGCCAGCUGAAAUUCAUUUUAGUUAUUUAAUAAAUUGACCAUGCAAGGGGACAGAAAUUUUAAAUAAA